AUGCCGGGCUUCACGUGCUGCGUGCCGGGCUGCUACAACAACUCGCACCGCGACAAGGCGCUGCACUUCUACACCUUCCCCAAGGACGCCGAGCUGCGGCGCCUCUGGCUGAAGAACGUCUCGCGCGCCGGCGUCAGCGGCUGCUUCAGCACCUUCCAGCCCACCACGGGCCACCGCGUGUGCAGCGAGCACUUCCCGGGCGGCCGCAAGUCCUACCUGGUGCGCGUGCCCACCAUCUUCCCGCUGCGCGGCGUCAACGAGCGCAAGGGGGCCCGCGCUCGCCGCGCCCGCCCCGCCCCGGCGCCCGCCGCGCCCGCGCUGCUGCUGGCCCUGCCCGCCGGCGCCGAGCCGCAGCCCGGCCCCGCCCCGCCCGGCCCCGAGGACGUGAAGCCCAUCGACCUGACGGUGCAGGUGGAGCUCGGGGGGCCCGGGGCGCCGGCGCGGCUGGCGGGCGAGGAGGGCGCGGCCGAGGGCGGCUCCGCGGACCACUCGUACUCGCUGUCGUCGGGCACCACGGCCGAGGAGCUGCUGCGCAAGCUGAAUGAGCAGCGGGACAUCAUCGCCCUGCUGCAGGUGAAGAUGAAGGAGAUGAAGGGCAGCAUCCGCCGCCUGCGCCUGGCCGAGGCCCAGCUCCGCGAGGAGAUCCGCGAGAAGGACCGGCUGCUGCACGCCGCCAGCGCCGGGGCCCGCAAGCGGCCCGGCCUCUGA